AUGUAUAUCACACUACUGUUCAUGACGAACCCCGAGAGUACAAUUUACGGGUCCGACGAGCUUCUUAAAGCUUAUGCCAUCUUUACAAUUGCUGUCCUGUCGACGAUCUACAACCUAAUGAGCAUCGGGAUUGAACGCUACCUGUCGGUGGCAGAGUGCACUCGAAUGAGAGCCAGGGUCCUGAAGUGGCAGAUCGUGGCAGCUGUUUCGGGUAACUGGGGGUUAGCCGUCUUGUUCGGAUGCUUGCCCCUUGCCGGCUGGAACUGCCUGCACAAAGGUCAUUCAUCCAACCUGUACAGUCCAUUCUGUACCGACUACCUCGCAUUUAUAACCAUUCCAAACUGCAUGGUGGCUUUCGUCUGCCUGUUGGUUACUUACUUCAAAAUUAUUUUCAUACUGAAAAAGCAAAAAACUGCCAUUGCAGCCCACGACUUGGCGUUCAAAAAUACGUACAAGACGGCCGAAAUGCAAGUAACACGAACCAGCAUCUCAAUAUGGAUCCUGACAGCCGUGUCCUAUGUCCCCUUUUUUGCCGGGGUUCUUUGGGAUUCAUUCAACCAUUCAUGUCGCGAAGAACUUCAUACUGGGGUUUACAUCUUUAGAAAUAUCACAGCUGUUAUGUUCACAGUAAACGCCAUAGGUAACCCCAUUAUUUAUACAAUGAAGUUCAAGAAAUUAGGUAGCUCUCGAACUCCCUUGAGAUGCAGGGAUAAUGACAACGCACAGCUGCGAGCGCAAGUAAAUAUCUGA